AUGGCUUAUUUUCUAAUAAAUCCAUCUCGGUAUGCCCAUAAACCAGAACGGUUAAUGUCAGCUGAAUUAAAAGCGAGACAUCAUAUUUAUGCUAAAGGCGACGAGUUAGAUUAUUACAAAGAAAGUUUCUGGUCUAACACAGACAAUGGUUGUGAAGUCAUUAACAAUUGCUCACAUGAUUAUGCUUUUGAGACUAAUACAUCACUUGUGGAAGGUCAAUGUGUAGUGAUUAAUACCGUAGCUAAAUUACCCGAUGCUGCUAAUGCUGCUACUCAAAUUGAAGAUGUGCAAGUUCAUGAACGAUAUCCAACUAAAAAGAGUGCUUUAGAGGAGAAAAGUAUUCGUAUUAUUUCUAAAUGUUCAUUGAAUCAAGAUAUUAGAGAUAUUGGUGAUAAUGUUUAG